AUAAAAACACCAAGUUAAGUUUGUAUAAGAAUAUGAGCAGUCUGACAGACGGCUCAAUUUUAAAAUGGAAAAUUGAAGCUGCUUGUGUUAAAUGUUUGUUUUGUGUUUUCCAGGCGUGAUGGGUGGCUGAGCCGCGCCCGCGCCCCGCCAUGCCCCCCUCCAGGGACUCGGGGGCCUUCACGUCCACCAAGGGGCUGCUCAACGGCCCCGGCCAGAACAACUGCUUCCUCAACAGCGCUGUCCAGGUCCUCUGGCACUUGGACAUCUUCCGGCGGAGCUUCAGAGAACUCAGCGGCCAUGCCUGUAUGCAAGAAUCGUGUAUCUUCUGCGCGCUCAAGGAGCUGUUCGCGCAGCUGCAGUUCUCCCAGGAGGCGGCGCUGCCGCCCGACGCGCUGCGGCGCGCGCUCGCCGAGUCCUUCUUCGACCAGCAGCGCUUCCAGCUCGGCUUCAUGGACGACGCGGCCGAGUGCUUCGAGAACAUCCUGCUGCGCAUCCACUUCCACAUCGCGUCGGCUGAGGCGGAGGACAUGUGCUCGGCGCGCCACUGCAUCCCGCAUCAGAAGUUCGCCAUGACGCUGGUCGAGCAGAGCGUGUGCGGCGCGUGCGGUGCCACCAGCGAGCCGCUGCCCUUCACGCAGAUGGUGCACUAUGUGUCGGCCUCAGCGCUCACCUCUCAGGCACGCCAGAGCGCCACCCCCAGCCACCCGGACCUGUUCGGCCAGCUGCUCAACAAAGCCGGCGGCAUGGGCGACAUCAGAGACUGUCCGUCGGCGUGCGGCGCCAAGAUCCAGAUCUGCCGGACGCUCAUGAACCGGCCCGAGAUCGUGUCGGUCGGCGUGGUCUGGGACUCGGAGCGGCCCACCCUGGAGCACAUCAUGUCGGUGUUCGCGACGGUGGGCACGUCCCUGCGGCUGGCCGACGUGUUCCACAGCGUGGUGGACGCGCGCUGGGCCGCGGCCACGCAGCACGCGCUCGUCGGCGUCGUCACGUACUACGGCAAGCACUACUCGACCUUCUUCUUCCACACCAAGCUGCGCGUGUGGAUCUACUUCGACGACGCGACGGUGCGCGAGGUGGGCCCGCGCUGGGAGCAGGUGGUGGAGAAGUGCCGGCGCGGCCGCUACCAGCCGCUGCUGCUGCUGUACGCGGCGCCCAACGGCGGGCCCGUCAGCGCCGAGGGCGCGCCCAAGACCAUCACCCCGGUGCCCAUGGGCGUGUCGCCCACCUCGCCCACCUGGAACCUGUCGCUGCCCGGGUCGCGCACGGACAGCGCGGCCGCGCAGAUGUUCCGCCGGUCCAUGACCCCCACCAUGUUGGACAAGUCGGGCGGCCUCGGCCUCCCCAACGGCCUCCCCAACGGCCUGCCCAACGGCCUGCCCAACGGCAUGCGACGCGCCGUCACGCCCAACUCGCAGCCCAACGAGUACCAGAACCUGAGCGACAUGCAGGCCAUCAUCUUCGCGCAGAAGCAGCAGCAACAGCAGCAACAGCAGCAGAUGACGGGCGACUGCGUGGACGGCACGGAGCCGGGCUACAUCAGCCGGCGCGCCGUGGAGAGCGUGCUCAACUACCAGCAGCACCAGGGCGGGCCGUGCGCGCCGCAGAGCGCCGGCACCAUGGAGCAGCUGGCGGCAAUGCAGGAGCAGGCGCUCGCCAUGCGCUCCAUGGGCUACAACUCGCUGACGCGCAACGGCGGCACCGCCGACCUGGUCCUGGAGCAGACCCGCAACCUGUCGCUCAAGCGCCACGACUCGACGAGCAGCUCGGGCGGCGCGGACCGCGACGGCCGCGACGGCGUGCCCAACGUGCCCGACCACCUCAACAUCCCCCGGCGCAGGGACUCGGGCAACUGGAGCGGCGACCGCAACAGCGCCUCGUCGUCGUCCUCCACCUCCAUGGAGAACCCCUACCUGUACCUGGUGGGCAAGAUGCGGCCCCACAGCGUGGGCGCGCACCCGGGCGGCGUCCCGCGCAGCCCGACCGCCAUCAAGCCGGGCGAGCUCAGCUCGUCCAGCAGCGGCUGCGGCAGCGGCGGGCCCUGCGACCCGGGCUACGACUCGUACUCGCUGUCCUCCACAGACAGCCUGCCCCUCCAGCUCGGGCUCCGGCAUAACCUUCAGCUGGCCCAGAUCCCGGAGGGGCACUCUCCGUCGCCCGGCCAACAGCAGGGCCUCGCCGGCCAGGACGGCGGCGUGCUCAGCGGCGACGACUGCGAGAAGCUGUGCCGCGAGGCGGACCAGCUGCUCGACAAGUCGCGCGCCACGGAGGAGGCCCACGACCUGACGACGGCGCUGGUGCUGUGCCAGGCGGCCGUGGGCAAGGCGCGCCGCGCCAUGGACGCGCCGUACCACAACCCGCACACGCUGAGCGCCGCCAGGAUCAAGCACAACACGUGCGUGAUGCGCGUCCGCAGCCUGCACCGCCGCAUCGAGCAGGAGACGCAGGUGGCGGCGCCGCGCGGCAACCACAGCCGGCAGAACAGCCGCGACAAGACGGCCAGCGGCAGCCACAGCCGCCAGGGCAGCAAGGACGGGUCGUACAGCCACAGCCGGCAGAACAGCCGCGAGCUGCUCGUGGCGCCGCAGCAGCCGCCCCAGCAGCAGCAGCAGCCGCCGCCGGCCGACAAGCCCGCCAGCAAGACCAUCCAGCUGUACGGCACGCUGCCCAAGAGCAAGGGCGCCAAGGUGACGGCCAUCGCGUCGAGCCCGAGCCCCAAGCAGAAGCAGCCGCAGCAGGCGCCGCGCGUCUUCGAGGACGAGGAGUACCUGUACGACCGGCCGGGCAGGUCGCCGCGCUCGGCCGCGCCCGGCGGCCGGCGCCAGGACAACCAGGCCGCCGCCGGCCGCGAGAAGCGCGCCCGGAGCGAGGAGCGCUCCAAGCACCCCAUGCCGCUGCUCACGCCCAAGGAGGCCAAGGACGCCAAGGACAAGAAGGACAAGGAGAGCAAGGACGACAAGAAGAAGCAGCACAAGAUCAGGCGGAAGCUGCUCAUGGGCGGGCUGAUCCGGCGCAAGAACAGGAGCAUGCCCGACCUGCGCGACGGCGAAGACUCGGCGCCGCCACUCGCGGCCGCCCCCAAGCCGGCCAAGCCCGCCAAGGUGAGCCUGGACGAGUCGGCGCUCAUGUCCGGCUCCGGCUACCUUUCCGAGGGCCACCUGGAGUACAGCGGCGCCACCAGCGGCAACCCCAACCUGGAGAGGAGCCGCCUCAUGCGCAAGAGCUUCCACGGCAGCGCCGCUGGCACGGGCAAGGCCCUGACGGCGGCCAAGGUGCCGCCGCCGCCGCCGCUGCGCACCACCUCGCAGCUCACCGGCCAGGGCGCCGGCCGCCCUCCCGCGCCGCUACCGCAGGAGCCCUCCGGCCCUGCACCCGGCCCCGCGCCCUUCCACCCGGCCUUCAGGCCGUCCGCCAGCACCAUGGGCUACGAGCCCGCGCAGUACGCCAACGGCGGCUUCCUGCUCAACGCGGAGGUCGAGCGCGAGCGGGAGCGCGAGCUGGCGCAGAGCCCAGACCAAGGCAGCACGACGCUCGUAACGCGGGCGCAGGUGCACCAGGAGCCCUCCUUCUUCAAGUUCCCCGAGCAGCCCGAGGCGGCCGCGGUGGACGCCACGGUGCCGCAGCCCGAGUGCGAGCCCGCCGACCUGCCGCCCUACCCCAUCAUGCACAGCCCCGCCGGCUCUGUCUGCCACUCGCGGCAGCCCAGCGACGAGUUCCCACCGCCGCCGUCCCUCCAGGACCUCUCGCAGCUCGAGACAUCGGCGACCGAGUCCACGACGUCGUCCGCCGCGUCCCCGGGAGGCCUGCUCGCCGCGCUGCAGCAGAAGCGGCAGGAGAUGCUCGCCGAGGGCCGCGGCGCCGCCGAGGUGGAGGCGGCCGUCAGGAGGGGCAGCUGCGGCAGCGGCGACACCUGGCUGCGGGAGCUGCAGGCCACGCUCAAGAUGAAGCGCGCGCAGAACACGCCCAGCCCCGUGCCAACCCCCGCAGCCGCCCCCGCCCAGCCCGCCCCCAACAGGUCGCGGGUCAACUCGACCUCCUCGCUGUCCGGCCUGGACGACAUCGUGCCGGCCGACAAGAGUGCCAACACCAACAACACUACCACCAACAACAACAACGCCAACAAGGUGCGCGAUUUGGCAUCGCAAUUUGAACAAAUCACGGUGCAGCCGCCUCAGCAGGCGCAACCCCAGUCGCCCACCCCGUACCAACAGCAGGCGACAACGGCGCCGACGGCCGCCGAGCCAAACGCUGCCAACGACAUGUCGAACUACUCGGGCUACAGCCUCCGGGAGGACCUCAUCUACGACACGGGCGUGCUCUCCAUCAAGCCCCGCGAGGAGUACGUGCCGCCGGCCGAGCAGGAGACGACCAGCAUCCUGACCAAAUCUCGGUCCAGCACCAGCCUCCGCUCCGUCGGGCUGGGCGACGCCCGCCUGGACGGCAAGAAGAAAAAGAAGAACGUGACGUUCUGCGACCAGGUCGUCCUGGUGGCGACGGCCGACGACGACGAGACGGACGGCUACAUCCCCAACCCCAUCCUGGAGCGGGUGCUGCGCGGAGCCAUCGGCAGCGCCUUCAAGAGGGACAAGGACUCCGCCUGCUCUGCCCCGCUGCAGAGGGAGAUCAGGAGUCUCAAGGACGAGGCGCCCAUCGCCGACUCGGUGCAGACCAAGCAGGACAUCGAGCGCGCCGAGCAGCUGGAGCUGCAGCGGCUGCAGCAGCAGCACCAGCAGCAGAUGCUGCAGCGGCAACAACAGCAGCAGCAACAGCAGCAGCAACAGCAGCAGCGACAGCAGGCGCAGCCCAGCCAGCCCAGCCCUUCUCCCUUGCCGCACAAUGCAAGCCAGCAAGGACCCCCCAAGCAGUUACAGGGCUACCCGGCACCUCAGGGCCCGCAAAGCUACCCCCAGGGUGCCCCCCAGGGAUACCAGCCGCCGUCGCCCCAGUCCGCGUCCCAGAGCGCGCCUCAGGGCCACCCGUCACCGUCGCCCAGCCCGCAGAGCCAGGGCCAGCCCAGGCCACAGGGCGUGUACCAGGCGGCGCCCGCCUACCACACCGCGCCGUCGCACCCCACCCAGCAGAAGAUGUACGCCAGCCAGCCGAGCAUGAACGGCAGGCCGUCGCAGGGCCCCAGCCCCGGGCCAGGCCAGAGCGGACCAGCCGGGUACUACCACAGUCUGCCCAACGGUCACCCCAACGGCCUGCCAAACGGACAACCGAAUGGUCCUGCAAAGGGACAGCCUUUCGGGUUCCCGAAUGGCCACCCGAACGGCCACCCCAACGGCCUGCCAAAUGGUCAUCCCAACGGCCUGCCAAAUGGUCAUCCCAACGGCCUGCCAAAUGGCCACCCCAACGGCCUGCCAAAUGGCCACCCCAACGGCCACCCCAACGGCCACCCCAACGGCCUGCCAAACGGUAACUCCAACGGCCUUCCGAACAGCCACCCCAACGGCCUUCCGAACGGCCACCCCAACGGGCCGGCGACCAGCGGCGCUCCGUCGAAGACGGCAACCAGCCCCGCCUACCCGCAGCAGCGGCCGGGGCCGCCGCCGGGCCCCGCGCCCGGUGCUGGGGCUAAGCCCGGCCCUGGGCCCUACAGCCCCGUCUACCAACCACCCCCGCAAUACCAGCCGCCCCCGCAGCAGUACCAAGCCAGCCCUUACCAGCCCGUGCCUCAGCCGCAGCAGAACCCCCAGUACAACCAGCAGAGUCCCUACCAGCCCGUGCCGCACGGCCCUUACCAACCUGUGCCGCAGGGGCCGCAGGGGCCGCAGGGGCCGCAGGGCCCCCCUCAAGGCGCACCGCAGGGGUCGUACCAGACGAUACCACACAACUCCAACGCCUACCAGCAGGCCCAGCACCAGGCCCAGCACCAGGCUCAGCACCAGGCUCAGCACCAGGCCCAGCACCAGGCGCACCCCACGUACCAGCACGUGCCCCAGGGGUACAACCCCCAGGGGUUCGCCCCCCAGGGGUACGGCCCCCAGGGUCACUCACCGCCCGGCCCGCCCAAGAGCAACAACUACUACCACCCGCGGCCGGAGGCGGAGGGCCCCAACCCCGCGCAGACACCCCCGGCGUACAGCUACCCCCCGCAGGGCCCCGCGGGUCCCCAGGGUGGAGCCCAGGGUGGCGGGCCCCAGCAGCAGGGUGUGUACCAGCGGGCACCCUUCCAGAGGCCCAACGGACCCGGCAACGGGCCCAUGGUCCCCAACGGACCGAGCCAUGGAGCUGGCAACGGGCCUAGUAGUAGUGGCCCCAUGAACGGCACCAGCAACGGCCAUAGCAACGCCUCCCCGUGCCAUCUGUGUAGAAAGAAGGUGGUCGCGCCACCCGCCAUCUACUGCCCAGACUGUGAUUUCUACAUGUCCCGAUUCAAGCCCAAGGAUUAGGGUCCUGUUUGCUCCAAUCAAUACCUAGUGUACGCGGAGAGCGCAGGCUUCAACUUGAACUAGUUGGCCUCAGUGAGGACCGUAGAAUUUGAGUUGAAGCCUGUUCCCAGUGAGAGACAGUCUUGAGUGCGAUAUCGGAUUGAUAUUUCUGUAUCAGAAAUGUGUCGAUUUUAAGACCAUUUAGAAAUUGAUCUGCCAUGAAAAUUGACAGUUUUCUGAUAUAGACAUUCGUCUGAUAUCAUUGAGACCAUUUCUUACUGGGUUGGAGUCCUGAAAAGACUUUGUGUGAUCUGGUGUUAUGCAUCAAAAUAUAAAGUACAAUUAAAAGUUAAGCAGACUUAAAUGAGAUUAUAUCUAUAUAUUCCUUGGCCAGUACUUUGUAAGUAUAAGGAAAAAGGAAACUCUAUUGUGAUGACAGAAAUUAUGUAUUGAAAUUGAUAUAGUUAUUUUAAAUUUUCAAUUCAAACAAGCCACUAUUUAUUUUAUUUUGUUAAAAUUUUGUAUUGUUAGUUGUAUGUAUAAUUGCUACUUUCUGUAUUUACCUGCACAGAUUGAAGGAUGAAAAUCCUUUGAAUGUAAAAUACUCAAACUCUGAGAUUUGGUACUGUACCAAGAAUAGAGUAAGUGAAAAUAAAUCCUGUAAAAAUGAUCCUUAACAAUGAUCUCAUUGAAUCCGGCCAUUUCAUUGUACAGUUAUUUGAAUCUGUUCAUAGUAGCAUUAAGUAUUUUUAAUGGUUGUGAAAACAUGCUGUGCUUUGUUUUAGAAGUACAUGGACUUAUGAAAUACGAUCAAACGAAUAAAUAAAUAAUAUUUUUUAUUUGAAUCAA